AUGGUAUUAUCAAUACAUUGUCAAAAUAACGUUAUUGAAAAAAAACUUAAACGAGAUCAAAAUAACGUUAUUGAAAAAAAAUUUAAACGAGAUCAAAAUAACAUUAUUGAAAGAAAACUUAGACGAGACCCUUUUCCAAAACCACAACAGGGCAAAGGUAGAGGUACGCAGGCAUUUACACAGGCAUUUACACAGGCACCUAAAACACCAUCAAAUACGGCACCUUUACAACCAAAUUCUUUACAGACAUCCCAACCAACUGGAACUGACGCCGUACCUUCUCCAACAAUACCAACGAUACUACCUGUCAUUAACAACAUUGGUAUAAAAUCAUCAGCUACCGUUCCAAUGGGAAUCACCGGAAUUGGAAGGCUUAUUGGAACUAACCAGAUCGAAUUAGAAGAUAUAAUCGUUCCAGUGUGGAUGGAAGAUCCAGUGAUGUCCAGUGGUGAGAAAAAAAAUAUAUUAUUCGUACUAUUGGCGGGACUGCUGACUUGGGCGAAACGGGAUACAGGGAUAACAACACAACCACGUAACAAGUCCAAUAGUUAG